GUCUGCAGACAACGGUCCACUGCCGGACGAGCAAUAACACCAACCAAAAGAUGGCAAAAAAAUUUCGCUUUUCAUCUCAGUUGGCACCACAUCUGGUCAUUUUCCAAUUAUGGUUGAUUUUUGCCAGUGCGUCACCAGCCAAGAAAGGAUGGAUCGUUAGACGUGACGUCGAAGAAUUGAUUGAGACAACUAAUGAAUUCGAGCAGCCAAAGGAGCAAAAGGUCGUGAAUGCCCUACCACGAAUUUAUUUCAUGGAGAUUGUGUCGGAUAUCCGGCUACGUUAUGCCUCGACAAAAGUCACGUCAAAAGUUGCCAAUCCUGCUGACAAAGCUCAGGAAGCCACUUUUCAUGUUGUUCUGCCAGACACGGCCUUCAUUUCCAGUUUCUUGAUGGAAAUUGAUGGAAAGGUGUACAAAGCAAGUGUCAAAGAAAAAGAAGAAGCUCAAACAGAUUACCAGAAUGCGGUGGAUGCGGGACUAUCCGCUGCCCAAGUGACUGCAAAUGCCCGUGAUGCCAAUCAGUUUACCGUGUCGGUUAAUGUUGAACCUCAGGCGAAAAUGCUGUUUAACUUGACAUACGAGGAGUUGUUGACCAGACGCAGAGGAAUUUAUGAGCAGGCCAUUCACGUCAGCCCGGGUUCAGUUGUCCCACAAAUGAGCGUUCGAGUCAACAUUUUUGAGACGCUCCCCAUCAACAAAAUCACAGUCCCUCAAUUACGAGGCAAUGAUAUCGAACAAAAUCAAGACCUGAGUGAAAACGAGGUAGCCAAGAUUAUCCGCACGAACGAAACAGUUGUGAGCGUCGUUUACGAGCCGACAGAGACACAGCAAAUCCAAUCUUCAAAGGAUGGACUGCAGGGUCAAUUUGUUGUGCAAUACGAUGUGGAUCGUUCGUCCAUUGAAAAGAAAGGCGGGGAAAUUCACGUGGUGGAUGGGUACUUUGUCCACUUUUUUGCUCCAACCACUUUGCCGGCCCUUCCUAAACACGUCAUCUUUGUGCUGGACACAAGUGGAUCGAUGGCAGGAACGAGAAUUGAGCAAACGAAACAGGCCAUGAACUCCAUCCUGGAUCAACUGAGAGAAGACGAUCUCUUUAGUGUCGUCGAAUUCUCAACAGGCGUUGUGGAAUGGGAUUUAAGAAAACCAUACAAAGGGCUUGAACCUUACUACUAUAAUGUUCCGUCGGAAGACACGACUGAAGUUCCACAGACUAACGUAACCGAACUGGAAGAAAACUUUGGACUCUUUGACGAUAUUUUUGCUUAUCCUGUAACGGAGCGUUCCAUCAAAAGGGCCAAAGAAUUUGUAAAUACCAUGGACGUGACUUCCUCCACCAACAUUAACGAUGCCCUUUUGCUGGCGCUGAAAAACAGCCAAUCCGUUCAGUCACGACUGCGCCUCACGCCGAUCAUCAUUUUCCUGACAGACGGUGAGCCCACUUCAGGCGUGGUUGAUAAAACUGAAAUUCUUGCCAAUGUACGGAAGGGAAAUAGUGACGACGUGGUGAGCAUUUUCAGUUUGGCCUUUGGUACGGGCACAGAUUACGAUUUCUUGACCAAAAUUUCGAGUCAAAACCGUGGAUUUGCACGCAAAAUUUACGAAGCUGCGGAUGCCACUCUCCAGCUCAAGGGAUUCUUUGAAGAAGUGGCAUCACCUCUACUCAACAAUGUUCGCUUUGUUUAUAACAAAGAUGGUCCUGUGCAUGACGUCACUGAGACCAACGUACCCAACUUCUUCAAGGGCACAGAAUUCGUUGUGGCCGGCCGAAUCGACUCGGAUUCAAAACUGAGUGCAUCCAUCACUGGAACAGGAGCAAGUGGUUCCUUUUUAUUCCCCGACAUUCGACCAGUGAUAGACGAUUACAUUUUAUUACCCAAUCCGAAUAACAGCGUUGUCGAAACGGUACCUGCCAAAAAGAGCUUUUCAUUGGAGAAAAUUUGGGCGUACAUGACGAUUCAGGAUAUGUUGAAGAAACGUCAAAUCGUCGAUGAUGCCAAGGCUAUUGCCGAGUUCAACGGCAAAGCUCUCAACCUCUCUCUUACAUACGGCUUCGUUACGCCUUUGACUUCAUUGGUAGUCGUGAAACCGAAUAGCACUCCAGCGGCGGCUGAUGUCCGUCCCGCAGACGUUGGAAGUUCUGGUUUUCAUUCAGCUGGCAUCUUUGCUGCUGCAUUGCCGGAUUAUCAGCUCGGUGCUAUUCCGCCUUAUUUCGCCCCUGAAUCUUUGCCGUUGGAGGAAUCAACUUCUGGAUUUGAAAGCGAAGAGUGGUUUAGUACUACGGAAGCUGAGUUGACAACAGAAUCAACAUCUCUCCUGCAAUACAACGCGUCACCUUUUUCUGCUGACGAAUGGAUCAACAACUUUGAGCACAACGCCACUCACGUCAAAAUGCCAACCAACAAUGAUACACUUGAACUGCUGUGGCAAGAUGAACUGCCUGAUACCGGGUAUGGUUCGUGUUAUGCAUAUGGUGUCCACAAUCUCGUAUGCAAAUCAAUUUGGAAGUGUUCACAAUUUAUGCCAGAAUCCAGACCUUACGCUGGACCUUUUUUGAAUGCCGAUUCCGCAUGCGUAAUCGAAAACAAGUACGUCGGUAUCUGUUGCCAUUUGGGUUCUACGCUCUCUGAUCCAGUCUUCCCAGAUACUACUCUUACGUCAGAGUAUGUAACCGAUAUUGCGCUUAUUGGCGAUGAUGUCGUGCUUACCAGUGACCUUGUUGUGAAAUCCUAGAGAUGUUUUCUUAUGCACUAUAAAACGCUAUUUAUAUAAUCCGUUAUUAAUUCACUAGAUAUUCGUAAACUGUUUUUUAUUAUGUCCCAAUGUAAAGCGAGGACGUUUUUCUACUGUUAUGCUGUACGGUAAUUAUUUCUGUAUUCGUAUAAAGGAAGAAUAAUCUAUUAAAAUGCGUGAAUCUGUAA